AUGAACAGCACAUUCGUGAGCGCCCUGUCCAAGGCGCUGCCCUCCAUCAGCCGACGAUGCCAGACGCACGCCCCUUCCUUCCGUCUGGCGAGGCCCUUCUCCUCGGCCCCCAAGACCCUCGCGGACGCGAAGGAGAAGAGCCGCGAAAUCGAGCGCCAGAUUCUCAACACGCAGUCUGAACAACCCGCCAACGACAACUCCCCGCUCUCCGCGAUCACCCGGAUGAUGCAGGGCACCGACAAGUCUCGCACCAGCCCCAACGUGAGCCGCGACUACUCCCGCAUGGCCGAGAGCCUGGAAGCCGAAAUGAUCAAGCAACCGUACGCGGACCGCGCGCCUCCGCAUCACCUCCAUGUCUAUGCCCAUAAGCACAACACCAUCCUGACGCUGACGCGGCCAAACGGCAACCCGCUUCUCUCCAUGAGCUGUGGCCACCUCGGGUUCCGCAAGGGCGGUCGUUCCGGCUACGAUCCCGCAUACCAGUUGACCGCCCAUGUGUUUGGUCAGAUGCAGGAACGGGGGUAUCUGUUGGAUAUUAACCGGUUGGAGGUGGUCUUCCGUGGCUUUGGUGCGGGCCGCGAAGCGUUCACCAAGGUUCUGCUGGGCAACGAGGGACGAAACGUUCGGGGGCUGGUCAGUCGCGUUGCGGAUUCCACCCGGAUAAAGUUUGGUGGUACUCGGAGCAGAAAGGUGCGCCGGCUGGGUUAG